AAAAAGCGUUACUUAACGGCAAUUUACUUUUCUAUAUCGGCGCAAAAUUUUAUUUUCGCGAUCUCCAUUUUGUAAGUUUUAAUCUGCUCGAAAAGACUACACAAAAAUUGUUAUUUUCCAAACACAAGAGAAAAAAUUCCUUUUGAUAAAAAAAGUCAUAUUCAUGUGAAAUUAUCCUUAAGUUAUUAUGUUUUAGCGUUUUUAAAAAUUUGCUGUGUAAAAUUUGAGAAUUGUAAAUUCAAAAAAAAUUGAUAAAAACAAAAAAAAAAAGUUUACACUAAAAGUUUAAAAUGUCGUUUGUGGUAAAAACUAAUGGGACUACCGAAACAGAAACAGCAGCUCGCAUUUUGUCAAGUCAAGAAAAUGGCGUAGGCGCGAUGGCCAGUUACGAUGGCGAUAAUAUACAGAAAUUAGAUAAGCCUGAAAAAGCAGAGACGUUCGAAGAUAGUUCUAGAUUGCCUCUUUGUAUGAAUUUAACUAAAGAUAAAGAUGCUAGGAUGACGCCGCCACCUCCGCCGCCGCCAACACCUGAGGAAAAGAAAAAGUCUCAAUCCUUUGUAGCGACGAACGAUAUCGCCCAAGAGGUGGUCAGUCAAUUUACCGUGGAUUGCGAAGAAUCAACAGAACUGCAUCAAACAACUAUGCAUUUGGAGAUUAAUUUGGAAACAGUGGUUUCUGGAAGGCCUCUUAACAGCUUACAACACGAUAUAAAAGUAACCACGAAAGAGGAAAACGUAUCGAAAAGUCAGGUUAAAUCCUUAGAUAAUAAGCCUAACAACGAAAUGGCAUUAAUGGAGCUUCCGAAAAAAUCGAAAUUUGAGGAAAUUUUCGUAGUUCCGGUACGUGCACUUAAAAUACAAAAAUUGAUCGAAAAGCAGAUGAUGGAAAAGCCGGCAGCUAUAUCUGUAGCUAUACCUCUACCACCGCCUACUCAUAUGACAUACCUUCCAGCCAAAGGGCCGCACCAUAAUGAAGAAGAUGACUUGUCGUUGCAAACUCUAUCGGCUCGUUCGUCAACGCCUUGUGGACAACUCUUAAAUAAUACCUUGGUUAGCUGUGAUUUGGAGAAAUCUGUUGAACAUGUGAGCCCUGUCAAGGAGAACCUCGCAGAAAAUACGCAACAACCUUUCAAGGAAACUCGAUAUAAUUCGAAAGGCAAAACACAUACGCUGACCACUUACAAAUCAGUUCCAUGUUUGCCAUCGCCUGUCACGUUGGCGAGCACAUCGUCCACAGAUAAUAAUGGGAAGCAUUUGGAUAAAUGCAAAUCCUUGAUGAACGCUUCGUUAUUACAAUACUCUCGCGGUAGUCUAUUGCUUAUAGGCAAAUACAUAACCACUGCCAAAGUUAAACGGGGUAAUCAUUCGCCUAUAAUUAUCGAUUGUUGCGUGAUUGAAUUGGAAGCACGCCUGAAACGUCUUAAGAUAUGGAGAAGUUCCGAUUACAUGACAGACUUUAGAAACAGCGGUGGAAACGGCUGCGCAAGUAUUGUUGAUAUGAAUAAUAACAAUGGAAAAUCGGGUUGGAAUGACAUGAUGCCAGCGUUCUUUAAACGCAAGGUUAUGGAUGAGUCGAUAAUUAGAAGUCAACCUCCACAGCCAUUUGAGUUUAAGGAUCCUGCUAUUAUAAGCAACCAACGUCGCAUUGGUAGCGGACGUCUACAACCUAAUAAGUGGUCUGAUAUCUAUAUGGCAUCUCAACAUUAUAAUAACCACAAUUCAGCAGAGAUACGAAAUAGCGAUUUGGUAUCAACGGAUGGAAAUGAGAGCGAAGAGAAAUCGUCUUUUAAGGAUAGACAUGAUAUUGUCACCAAAAACUAUGUGAAACCAGUUAUGUCCGGAUUUUUAUUUGUAUCUAGCUUGAAAGAUCGAGAAGCAGAACAAAGACAUGAGCAACAAUCUAAGGAUCAGGCUGAAGAACCCGAAUGGUUCAGUUGUGGACCAACGUCACGUUUGGAUACAAUUGAACUGUGCGGUUUCGAUGAUGACCACGAUCGAGAAAGUUUAUUGUCGGAAAAGAAUAAUGAUAAACAAGAAGGUUCUGCUGAAGGUGAUGAUGUCAACAACGACGAGUUUAAAGAAAAUCGCAUUCAAAAAGUUAAUUUGAUUGAAUCAAAAUGGUCAUCGCACGUUCAAAAUAGUACACAUUCCAAAAGCCUUAAAAAAAAUGAAGUUAACGCAAGCGCUCAGGACAAGAAUGAUAGUGGAAAAAAGGAUGCAAGUCCAAAAAAACAAACGCUGGCUUUUCACUAUGACCAAUUCCCGGCAAAUAAUAAACCAUUACGCUCCUUUAAUCAUAUCGGCGGUUUUCAAAACAAUGGAGAAAGCGCCGAAUCGCGUUAUCCAUCGUACUACAAUAAUAGUUCACGAUUUUUGCCAUUUUUUUGCGACAUAAAACGUAAUCCCUCUGAAUGCGUAGAAAAAGCCAAUUCAUCAGCCUCGAUUAGUGACUUUUUCAAGAAUACAAUGAAAACACAAAACGAAUCUGAUCUGCCAUGUUUGUUCGCCUCUGGCUCAAAAUCCAAUGUUAAAUUAUCCCAAAUCCCUUCGGUGCAAGAGUUGGAGGCUGAAUGGCGUCAAAACUGUACAACUCAUACUAGCCCUAACAAGGGAAACAGUAUUAAUAACGAUGUGAAGGAACAAGAUACGGAAAAUAUUCGGAAAUUUGUUAAUCACUUAGUAUGUAAUAAAGACGACACUCAGGGUAUAUACAAGCAAACUCCUAUUUGCAAUGGCGAAAAUCUCGCAAAUUUGCUGUUUAGACAAUCUUAUCAACAAAAACCAAGCAUUAUGCAGUCAUCAACGACGAUUCAUCACACAUACAGUAAACACAACUUUUUUUUACAGCACCAGCAGCAAGCUGCCCUCUUCGCUACAUUGCAACUAAAAGGAAUUUUGAGUCGUCCAGAAGCUCAAAUGCUGCUGAUCGGUUUAUCAAAAGGUGAAAUUUCUAAACAUGGCUUAUUAGUACAACUAGCCAAUCCCCGUUUGAGUCAACGCGAUCGUGAAGCCAUUAAUGCGGUACUUACGUAUACAUCUGGUCAACAGCAACAAAUUCAGCAGACUUCCCAAACCCAAAUCGAUAUGAUUUCCAAUAAUAUAUUAAUAAAUCAAUUACAAAAUCUUCAAAAUUUGGCUAUCGUGCAGCAAACCUUAGCUGCUCAGCAACAACAGCAUACCCAGGUUGGUAGUAAGCGCUUCCCCGCUAUGCAACCUAUGACGCAUGAAGAACUGCAGAGUCAUGCCAACAUGAUUAUGCAAAAUGCUUUAAUGAAACGACGAAUUGAAGAGCAGAAUAAUUUAGGUCUGAAAAAGCUAUUGAAUGCUGCAGCCGUCCAACAACAACAACAGCAACAUCAACAACAACAUAUUCAGCAAACUAUGCGUAAUGCUACUGUAGGAAAUGUUGGUGCGCUGCGUCAAAUAAAUGUUCAAGUAGAUAAUCCCCACCACCAAUGCCAACAAAACUGUGCUAGCGCAGGGAGUAGUUUUGUGAAUAUACGCAGUAUUCCUACCAAUAGUGGACAAUAUCAGCGCAGACGUUUCCCUGGGCCUAACACAGCUGCUAUUGGUAAUCACAUUAGACUUGCUCCUAAUUCUGAGUCUCAACAACAACAGCACACGAAUCAACAAUACCACUACCGGGCGAGAGUUACAUCAAAUAAUCAUAAUAAAAGCAAUAAAAUGCAUGUACCAUCGCCGCAACCGGCUGCAAUUUUAUCCGCCGGCGGAAAUGAACAUAAUUAAAUUUCUAAAGCGAGCAGCCACAACACCACCUGGAGUACUGGGCAUGGGCAUUAUAGCGACAUUAGUUUUUACUGUUAGUUAUCGCGU